AUGAUGUUUUUACUGUUAGGAGGUUCGAUUGUUCUCGUUGUUGCUCUAUGGUUGAUCAAAAUCUUUAAUAUCGAUAGCAUCAAGACUUUAUAUCAGAUUUUAUUGGAUUUGUAUAAGAGGGAACGAUCACACUGGAUAUUAGAUCUUUUCCAGGUUGAUGAGAGAUCGGAUCAUCAUGGUGGCGAGUUAGUUGCUGCAGUACUGAAGGCACACAACAUAACCGAAAUAUUUACAUUAUGUGGCGGACAUAUAUCACCGAUCCUAGUUGCUGCAAAAAAUCUUGGCAUUCGAGUAUACGACACGCGCCAUGAAGUUAAUGCCGUGUUUGCAGCAGAUGCUGUUGCACGUUUACGUCAAAGUGUUGGUGUAGCAGUUGUUACUGCGGGACCAGGUUUAACAAACACGGUUACUGCAGUAAAAAAUGCACAAAUGGCGGAAACUGCUGUUGUUAUUAUUGCGGGUGCAGCACCAAUUUUAUCAAAAAACCGUGGCGCUCUGCAGGAUAUUGAUCAAAUUUCAUUAAUGCGACCAUUGUGUAAAUACGUUGCUCGAAUAACACGUAUAAAGGAUAUUGUAUUGGUUCUUAAAGAAGCUAUGCAUAUCGCACAAAGCGGUACACCUGGUCCGGUUUUUGUGGAGAUACCCAUUGAUGUGCUCUAUUCGUAUAAAAUGGUAUUCAAAGAAAUGAAUAUUGCUAAGGCCAAAAGUUUCAAACAAGCAAUCAUCAACUCAUACCUCUUAGCAUAUAUUUCUCGGCAGUUUAGUGGUGGCUGGGUUGUGAAAGAUGAAAUGCUACCUAUACCAGCCAAAAUACCAUUUCCAAAAGAUAAUGAUGUCAUAAAGCUGAUGAAUCUGCUGUUGAAAUCGAAGAAGCCAGUACUGGUUAUUGGUAGUCAAGCUGUUUUACCUCCCGUCAGUGUGUAUGAAUUAAAGCGCGCUGUGGAGUCUAUCGGCAUUCCGACAUUCUUAGCCGGUAUGUCUCGUGGAUUACUGGGAUACCAGAAUCCUAUUCAUAUGCGCCACAACAGAAAAGAUACCCUCAAAGAAGCCGACUUAAUUAUUCUUGCUGGUGCAGUAUGUGAUUUUCGUCUCUCAUAUGGGCGUGUUCUUUCAUCAUACGCUAAUGUGGUUUCAAUAAAUCGUGAUCGAACUCAGAUGCUGAAAAAUGAAGGCAUAUUUUGGCGAGCUAAUUUAGCGAUCCAAGCAGACGUUGCAACAACCUUAGUCAACCUUGCUGACUAUUUGAAUUCGGUUGAUCAUAAACUUGGUUUGUCAGUACAAGAUUGGAUGUUAUUUUUGGAAGAGAAGGAAAAAGAGAAAAAUAUGGAAAAUAUGGAGAAAAUGGGUGAAGCAUUUGUAAGGGAUGGAAUCAAUCCUCUUUAUGUGCUAUCCCUGAUCAAUAAAGUUUUGCCAAACGAUGCAAUUUUGAUAGUUGAUGGUGGUGAUUUUAUUGGAAGUGCCUCUUACAUUGUGCAUCCGAGAGGUCCGCUGCAGUGGCUUGAUCCUGGAGUUUUCGGUACUUUGGGUGUUGGAGCCGGUUUUGCACUUGGAGCAAAAGUCGUUCAUCCAGAUCGUCCAGUGGUGAUUUUAUACGGUGAUGGUUCCUGUGGUUUUUCGCUGAUGGAAUUUGAUACUUUUUCGCGUCAUAAACUUUCUGUUGUAGCGUUAAUUGGCAAUGAUGCUUGUUGGUCACAAAUUGCGCGUGAGCAAGUUGCUAUGUUCCACAGUUCGAUUGCGGUGAAUCUUGAGUACACACGAUACGACAAUGUAGGGGUAGCAUUGGGUGCACGCGGUGUACUUAUUGCCAAUAAAGAAGAUCUGACAACGAAACGCUUUGAAGAAAUCUUCGCAUCUGCUACGGCUGGUACUUCAGUGGUUGCAAACAUUGUUAUCGGCAAAUCGGAUUUCAGGGCUGGUAGCAUAUCCGUUUGA